UGAAGCGCGAAUUCUGCCCCCUCAUCGAUGUCUGUAAAUAUUUCGACGGGAUUUCUACUUCUGAGUAAAUAUAUAGGCGAAUGAAUUAGUGAUUCAGCGGGCGUGCUCGAAUACGAUGGAUUUUAGGAGAAGAAUAGAGAAAUCAAUGCUGAGCAUUUUAGUUUGGCUGUGGAUAAUCAGUUCUUCUGUAGCUGCUAAAAAACAGCCAUAUGUGCCGGCUAUGUUUGUGUUGGGAGACUCGUUAGCAGACGCAGGGAAUAAUAACUACAUUCCUCAUUGUGAAGUGCGUGCAAAUUACACACCAUAUGGCGUUUCCUUUUUCCCCUCACCAACUGGUCGCUUUACCAAUGGCCGCACCGCUUUUGAUUUCAUAACUACUUACUUGGGUCUCCCCUAUCUUCCUCCAUAUCUGCAACCAAAGGCAGAUUUUAUGAGAGGAAUAAAUUUUGCAUCAGGAGGUAGCGGAUUGCUCGUCUCUACGGGCGCCAGAUUGAACAUUAUCAGUCUGAGUCACCAAGUAGAGGAAUUCGAACACUUUUCUCAUAUGCUAACGAGAACAAACCCAUCUGGACCUGCCCAAGCUAAAUCCUACUUAGGGAAGUCUUUAUAUUGCAUUACAAUCGGAGGCAACGAUAUUGGCGACUACAUUGCCAACACUACUCUUCAAAAUACCACAACUCCUCAACGGUUCGUCAGGAUGUUGCUCGCCAAUUUCGAUCAGUAUAUAACAAGACUUUACAAUAGCGAUGCAAGGAAAUUCCUUGUGUUCGACAUCCCAGCUCUCGGAUGCGCCCCUAAUAUCAGAUUUGCUGGAUACAGUUUAGCCAAAGGUGCAUGUCUAAAUCUCGCUAACCAGCUGGCUGUUGCAUAUAACACUGCUUUCAAGACACUCGUGGCUCACCUCAAUCAGAAACUAGAUGGGGUGUCCAUCAUUCAACUCAAUACAUACAAUUAUUUUAUGGACAUAAUGCAAAAUGCUAAAGCCUACGGAUUUAAGUAUACAACGAUAGCAUGCUGUGGAUCAGGAAUGUUCAAUGUACAAGUGAGCUGUGGAAAGACGAAGCCACAGACCAUGUUUUGCAACAAUACAAGCGAAUAUGUUUUCUGGGAUGGAAUCCACCCCACUGAAAAAGUUAAUGCCAUGUUUUCACACCAGAUUUGGAGUGGGAAUUCUUCUGUCAUGUACCCAUCUAAUCUUUCUACCCUGAUCUUGGGUAAGAACAGCUCUGGCCAUUAACCAUGAGAAAAUUCUGUUGACUGAUGUGUGUUCCCCGUUUUGUAUUUUGGGUAGAAAGAGAUCAUUUCAUUAAGGAUACCCAAAUCCCGUUUCCCCGAUUUGUACCCUCCCAUGGGCAUCCGAAUUCUCCACAGUGGCUUCUAUAUUAAAUGUCUCUUGCGCCUGUUUCUUUUCACUUUUAAAGCAAAUAGACACUUUUGUAUUGUUUAAGUGGUUGAGUGGCAUUAUGAACAAUUGUCUGGUUCAAUAUCUUAUGCCAUUUAACAUAAUAUUUUGAAGGACUGGACAGGAUCUUUGUAAGGUCCAAGGUUAUA